AUGGACAGCACGAACGGAGUGAGCAGACAUGUAGACGAGAGCCUGGUAGCGGAUUUCCGAACGCAUCUUCCAGACUUGAGCCAGCCUCGCUUCACAACGGCCAAGAAGCAGACUCCAUACGACUACACGGAAGCCUUCCAGAAGAAUCAUCAGCCUCCGUGGUUAUACGACCUAACUCAAGCUUGGCAAGAGCUACUUAAAGAGCCUUACAAAGGCGUAACGAAUGAUGGUAAUGCAGGUAGAGUGGGAACCAUGCAGGCAGAUUGUACUGACCGCUUGGUAGGUACCAUCCGGACAGGCUUGUAUCAAGAUGAGGACGUUGGAGCAUCUACAGCCAAGAUCAUCGAAGCCACCAACACAUUCUUAGGCAAACUCUCAUAUGAGCAGACGAAGAAAGUGCGGUACCCGAUGGCGGCCAAAGAAUGGAGAUGCUGGUCCAAUCCAGAGUUCCUCUUACGACCACUUGGCCUUCGUCUUGAGGAGCUGCCGGAAGAUGUGACACAAUCCAUUCUCGGCAUUUUGGAGGUCACCUUCUCUCCGGAAGGCUAUCAGAAAGCCCUCGUAGCGAUGCGGAUCAACCAUUUCAUGGGCGAAUGCUGCGAUGUCGUCAACAUCAUGAACAAGUACUCUUACAACUUCCUACUGUACGGCGAGCCAUCCUCGGAGAAAGCCUGGGGUUGGUCGAUGUACGGGCACCACUUGUGUCUCAAUGUCUUUCUCAAAGCAGGCAAUAUCUACGUCACGCCAACUUUUACCGGAGCCGAACCAAACCAAAUCGACCAGGGACCUUGGGCCGGCACGCAGAUCCUCCACAAGGAGGGCGAGCUUGGCUUGCAGCUAAUGCAAAGCCUACCGAAGGAGACCCAAGAGCAGGUACAGAUAUACAAGCUCAUGCGAGAUCCAAAGAUGCUACAGAGCGGAGACCUCAAAAUCGACCGUUGGAACCAAGACGAUCAGCGCCAUGUCUGCGGUGCUUUCCGUGACAACCGGGUCGUGCCUUACGAGGGCAUCAAAGUCUCUUCGAUGACCUUAGAGCAGCAACAGCUGAUUCUUGGUAUCGCCGAAGAAUUCUUGCUUUACCAUCCUCACCAGGCCCGUCAGGCGCGGAAAGAGCUGAUCCAGAAGCAUUUUGACGAGACCUACUUCAGCUGGAUUGGAGGCUAUGGUGACGACGAUGCCUUUUACUACAGGAUACAGAGUCCCGUUAUUGUGUUUGAGUUUGACCACCAUUCAGGUGUGUUCCUCACAAACAAAGAGCCGAUGAAGUUUCACACGCAUACUCUGGUCAGGAUGCCUAAUGCUGGAGACUAUGGACAGGCAUUGCGGGACCCACAAGAUCGCGUGCCGUAG